AGCUAAACUCACGCGGGGUCCUUUGCGCCGGGGCUAACAGGAUUAGCAGCAACAUGCCGACUGUCGGAGUGAAACGGGACCUUCUUUUCAAAGCGCUGGGCAAAACAUACACGGAUGAGGAGUUUGACGAGUUGUGCUUUGAAUUUGGUUUGGAGUUGGAUGAAAUUACCUCUGAAAAAGAAAUAAUCAGCAGAGAACAAGGAGACUCCAAAGCAUCCGGGGCAUCUGAUGUAAUCCUGUACAAAAUCGAUGUUCCAGCCAACCGCUAUGACCUGCUCUGUCUGGAGGGCCUGGUCCGUGGGCUACAGGUCUUCAAGAAUAAGCUGGAGGCCCCACGAUACAGACGUGUCCGCCCUGCGAGCGGAGAGUCCCAAAGGCUCAUCAUCACGAAAGAGACUGCGGCGGUUCGACCUCACGCUGUCGCUGCCGUUUUGAGGAACAUCACCUUCACUCAGGAGAGAUACGACAGCUUCAUCGAACUCCAGGAGAAACUGCACCAGAACAUCUGCAGGAAGAGGAGCCUGGUUGCUAUUGGGACUCAUGACUUGGACACGAUCGAUGGGCCGUUCACAUACACGGCCAAAGCUCCAGCUCAGAUCAACUUCAAACCUUUGAACCAAACCAAAGAGUACAGCGCCACAGAGCUCAUGAGCCUAUACAAGACGGACAGCCACCUUCGACAUUACCUUCACAUCAUCGAAGACAAGCCUGUGUAUCCCGUCAUCUACGACAGCAAUGGCAUCGUCCUCUCCAUGCCCCCCAUCAUCAAUGGAGACCACUCAAAAAUCAGCCUCAGGACCAAGAAUGUCUUCAUCGAAUGCACAGCCACAGAUCUGACCAAGGCCAAGAUCGUUUUGGACAUGAUGGUGACGAUGUUCAGCGAGUACUGCGCGCAGCCCUUCACGGUGGAGGAGGCGGAGGUGGUGUACCCCGAUGGAAAGACCUGUAUUUACCCUGAGCUGGCCUACAGGACAGAGAAGUUGUCCAGUGAAUUCAUAAACCGCAAAGUGGGAAUCAACGAGUCGACAGAAAAGAUCGCUCAACUUCUGACCCAGAUGUGCCUGAAGUCCAAAGCCACCGGAGCCGGGGAUGAGAUCGAAGUGGAGAUCCCGCCCACUCGCUCUGAUGUCAUCCACGCCUGUGAUAUCAUGGAGGACGCCGCCAUCGCCUAUGGAUUUAACAACAUCAUCCGCACCACACCCAGAACCUAUACCGUUGCAAAUCAGUUUCCGAUCAACAAACUGACAGAGCUGCUGAGGCAAGACCUGGCUGCAGCUGGAUUUACAGAAGCCCUCAACUUUGCCCUGUGCUCUAAGGAGGAUAUCGCAGACAAACUUGGAAAGAAGAUUGAAGACACAAAAGCCAUCCACAUCUCCAACCCCAAAACAGCAGAGUUCCAGGUGGCGCGCACUACCUUGCUCCCGGGGCUGCUGAAAACCAUCGCAGCGAACAGGAAGAUGCCACUGCCUCUGAAACUGUUUGAGAUUUCUGACGUGGUUCUGAAGGAUGAGACUAAAGAUGUGGGAGCGAGGAACAGCCGGCAUUUCUGUGCGGUGUACUACAGUAAGAGUCCUGGUUUUGAGGUGAUCCAUGGACUCCUGGACCGGACCAUGCAGCUCCUGGAGGUCAGACCAGGGCCAGGAGAAGGCUACAGCAUCAAGGCCGCAGACGACUGCACCUUCUUCCCGGGCCGCUGUGCUGAGAUCUUUGCGCGCGGGCAGAGAGUGGGACGGCUCGGGGUCCUUCAUCCAGAUGUGAUCACGCGCUUUGAGCUGACCAUGCCCUGCUCUGCUCUGGAGUUGGACCUGCAGCCAUUCCUUGGCCACACAGCUGAGAUUUCCCUGUCCCACGACGUUCCAUUGAAGGAAACCAAGAUUCACAAAUUCCAAACAAAUCCUGGAUCUUCGGAGUCUUCCGUUCUAACCACCCCAACUUCGACUAAAACUACAUUCGGAGACAUGAGCACCCAAGCUGGCCUGAAGUCCCUAAACAAUUUUCUAGCGGAUAAAAGCUACAUUGAGGGAUUUUCCGCAUCCCAGGCCGACGUUGCAGUUUUUGAAGCCAUACCGGUCUCGCCCCCGUCUAAUCUUUGCCAUCUGCUGCGUUGGUACAAUCACGCAAAAUCGUUCUAUCCACAGCGAUCCAAUCUACCAGUGUCCAAAAGUCAAUACGUAAUUCCCAAUCAUACUCAAAAUAUUCCCAAUCCCACUCAGAAUAAUUUAGGUUGUAGCAAUGACGAGGAUGAUGACUUGGAUUUGUUUGGGUCUGAUGAUGAAGAUGAAGAAGCGGAAAAAAUCAAGCAACAACGACUCGCGGAAUACGCAGCGAGGAAGGCCAAGAAACCAGCGUUAAUCGCCAAAUCUUCGAUCCUACUUGAUGUUAAACCGUGGGACGAUGAGACGGACAUGGUUAAAAUGGAAGAGUGCGUUCGGAGCGUGGAGAUGGAGGGGUUGUUGUGGGGGCAGUCCAAGCUGGUCCCAGUGGGUUACGGGAUUAAGAAACUCCAGAUUGGGUGCGUGGUUGAGGAUGAUAAAGUGGGGACAGAUAUGCUAGAAGAAGCCAUUACUGCGUUUGAGGACUAUGUGCAGUCUGUAGAUGUGGCGGCGUUUAAUAAGAUCUGAAACGCCAAUGUAUUUUCAUAAAACUGUCAAUAAAGACGUUUAGCUUUUG